CAAAAACCAACACACUAAAAAAUGGCGGAUAAAGUGAGUUGUCAAUAAACAAACUAGAGCAGCCUCAAACAUAGUAGCAUUGAUCCCCUGUCAACGCCAUGCAAAAAUGUCCAGCAAAUCUAAAAAAAAGGUGAGCAGUUCAGAAGACACAACAUCAAGUAGUAGCAGUGAUAGCAGUUCAUCAUCAUCAUCAUCAUCUGGAAGUGAUUCUAGUAGUUCAGAUUCUGAAAGUUCACAAGCUUCAGCUAACAAGCCUUCAGUUAAAAAAAAGUUAAAUAGAACACGAGUGUCUAGCACCAACUCCAGUUCCGAUUCUGGCCCCAAAAAAGAAAAUCAUGUCAAGAAAGAAGAACCCAAGAAAAAACAAAAUGCAGCAAUUAGGGCAAAGCCAACCAAACCCCCGGAAAAAGGAGCUGCUGCAGUGCCUACAAAACCUCCCAAGAAACCCCCUGCUAAAAACAGCACACCAGUCAAAAAGCAAUCUCAACCAAGUUCAAGUGCAAAUGUUUCUGAAGCAAGCAACAAAAGUCCUAAAUUACAGCAAAAAAUGAGGAGUAUUUUCAGCCCUGAAAAUAGCAGCAUGAGCAGUGAUAGUGAAGCUACCCCAAAUCCCAAGAAAAGUACAGUGUUGCAGUCAUCUGAAGCGUCAGAUACCGAUACAGGGUCUGGGAACCAGGUCAACCAAUCCAAGUCAAAAGGUCCUCGUGCAAGAGUUCAACCAAGACCAGCAGCUCGAAAGUCAUCAGAUAGUGAAGGAGAGAGCAAAACAAAAGGAAAACAACCUGCGAGGAAAUUAACAAGAUCCUCCAGUGCCCGGAUAAGAAAGAGUAAACAUGUCAUCGGGAAGGUUUCCGAAUCGGAUUCCGAACCUGAAGUGCCAGUUAGUAAUAAAUCCAGUGGUGCGACGGCGAAACGGAAACCAGCUACAGCGAAAGGUAAAUCUGCCUCAGCUGUAAAUCGCAAACUGCAACCCAAAGAAAUAAGUAGCUACAGUGGCAGCGCUCCUUCAUCUCAAGAAAGCUGUAACACCCCGACCAUGGAAGAAAGAAAGUGUCCAAUGGCUGGGUGCGAUUCUUCAGGACAUCUGAAUGGGAAGACGGACCGCCACCUAAGUUUGCAAGCCUGUCCAUCGUAUCAUAAUUUAACUAUGAGUGAAUGCGCUGCGCUACGUCUUAAUGCAGAAUCUCAAUUGAAUCACUGGUCAUCCAUUAGUACAAACCGACAAGAUUUUCAUGUUCGAACUCCAAAAUCACCUCGGUCAUCAGGACCAACUAGUGAACAGUUAAAAGAGCAGCAAAAAGUGAGGCAAGCUCGCGCUCAGAAGUCUGAACGUAAAGAAAUCGUCACAUCAGCUCCGGCUGAGCUGGACGAAAACGCCGAAGACAAGUGGAGAGAAAGGGAACCUAAUCUUACCGGCCUCACGUCGGAAUACGAUCUGGCUUUAUUCCGGGCAUCCCAGGCUGAAGCCAGCACCAAAUAUGAGGAGGAAUUGAAGAGUUUACCAUCAGCUGGUGGGCUUCGCUUUAUCGAGAUGGGAAGGUUCGAAAUGGAAGUGUGGUAUCAAAGCCCAUAUCCGGACGAUUUAGCCAGAUUACCUAAGCUCUACCUCUGCGAGUUUUGUUUAGUAUACAUGCGGUCUCGUACCGUGUUGAGACGGCAUGCCGCCAAGUGUGUUUGGAGACAUCCCCCUGGUGAUGAAAUCUAUCGGGCGCCGUUUCUUUUCAAUUCCAGGAAGGAGAAGGUCAGUGUUUGGGAAGUAGACGGUCAGGAAAAGAAAACCUACUGCCAGAAUCUCUGCCUAUUGGCUAAGUGCUUCCUCGAUACCAAGACGCUUUACUACGACGUCGAGCCCUUUCUUUUCUAUGUCAUGACUGUUGCCGACUCGGAAGGCUGUCACAGUGUCGGUUAUUUCAGCAAAGAAAAAAAUUCUUUCCUCAACUAUAAUGUCUCCUGUAUUAUGACUCUGCCCCCUUACCAGCGCCAAGGAUAUGGGCGACUGCUCAUCGAUUUCAGUUAUUUGCUGACUCGAACAGAGGGCAAAGUCGGUUCACCUGAAAAGCCGCUCUCCGAUUUGGGUCUGAUCUCUUACCGAUCCUAUUGGAAGGAUGUGUUGUUGGAACACGUCUGCUCCUAUCCAGGCAAAGAGAUUUCCAUUAAGGACCUCAGCCAAGAAAUGGCAAUUAAUGCCUAUGACAUUGUGAGCACGUUGCAAGCACUCGGCAUGAUGAAAUAUUGGAAAGGCAAACAUAUUGUCUUAAAAAAACGAGAUGUUAUUGAAGAGUAUCAGGAAAGGGCUAAGAGGCGUGGGCCUGAAUGGAGGCACACGGAUGCCAAGUACUUAAGGUGGCGACCGUUUGUUGUACCACAAGAAACACCACCAUAAAACAAUUUUUUAUUUAGCCGAAAUUCCGUGUUUAUGUUCGUAAAUUUUUUGCUCUUCCCGUUUAUCUUGCGCCACUGUUCUCUGUUACUCUCCCCUCCCCUCUUGAAAAUAAAAAUGGUCGUUAUUCCGAAACCAA